UUGCAAAAAUUUAAUUAAUUCAAUUCAAACUAAUUUAUUAAGCAAACCAAUUCUGCCAAAAUAUUUGAACAAACUCAUAUUUAAAAUAUGCUUUAACAUAAUAAAAGUGACAAUAAAAUGAAGAAAGAUAUUCCAGAUCUUACUCCAGACGAGGAAAUCAAGCAAAUAAAAGAGUAUAUUUCUCAGGUUUUUUUCAAAGAAAAUGAAGAUAAAUAGAUUAAAUAAUAGCUUUUAAUUGAUAUUGAAGAACUAGAUAAGGAUGAUAUGAAGUUGGAUGGAGAUUUUUACUUCCAUCUUUACAAUAUUUAUCAAAAAAUAUUUAGUAGAUAAUAAUAGAAUUUGAAGGAGUUUAAAGAAUUCUCUACCAAAAUUGAAGAUUAAAGAAAAUAAAUUGAAGAUAAAGACCAAUAAAUAAUUAAAAUUUUAGAUGAACAUACUUCUUACAAGUUAGAUGGAAUCAAAUCUAACUUAUAGCUGAUAGAUUAGCAAUUCAUCUAAUUAGAAAAAGAGUUUAAUACUACAAAAGAAGAUUUAGAUGAACAUGUUAGCUAGAUUUGCUAAACUGUAGAAAAGACUAAAGAUGAUUUUUAUAAAAGCAUAGAAGGUGCAAAUCUUUAUUUAAAGACCAAUAAGGAUUAUGUUUAGUAAAUUAAAGAUGAAUAAGAGGCUAAAAAAUAAAAAAUAUAAGAGUACAAAAGAUAGCAAGAUGAGAUUAAAAAAGAAAUGAAUAAAACUGAAAAAAUGCUUGAUAAUAUUUGUUAAUAAAUGUCUGCUAAGGCUUCUGAAGAAACUUAAAACUACUAAUUAGAAUAAAAAAAGAGAGAAAAUUAAUAACUGCAAGCAUAACGUGAAAAAUUGGAUGAGCAGCUUUCUAGAAAAAGAUUAGAAUUUUAAAAUCUUAUAAAAAGUGAUGAAAUAGUACAAAAAAGACAAGCAUGGAUUACAUAAGAAGUGGCAUAUAAAUUUGUCAAAGGGCGCUAAAAAGAACAACUUAAAAAUGAAUAUGAAAGCUUGCUUACAGAAUAUAAUUAAUUGCGUGAAAAGGUCUCAACAACUUAAAGCAAUAUAGCUAAAAUUAACUAAGAAACUGCUUUAUGUAGAAGAAAAAGAGAGUUAUAGACCUAUGUCAAUCUAUUUUUACUAUUCAUAAUUAUAAUCAUUUUGUUUACUUUCCUCUACAAAUUUUAUUGA